ACACGGCCGUCAGUUUCUAGAUGACAGCUGACAACAAAACAAAAUUGACGUUUUGAGACAAGGAUUCGCAAAGAUUAAAUUUUCGAGGUUGUCUGUAAGUCUGAGAAUAUCGGGAACGGCUGGCUUAAUUUAUCAUAUAAACUUUUGUCAUAUUGCUCUGGUUGGGAGUGUUUGCAUUUUCCUAAAAUGGCCGGAAACUUUUGGCAAAGUUCCCACUCCCAACAAUGGAUCCUGGAUCGCCAAGACCUCAUACGCGAAAGACAAUAUGAUCUACAAGUACUAAGCGAAGAUGAGUAUCAGAAGAUUUUUAUUUUCUUUGCCAACGUUAUUCAAGUGCUUGGCGAGCAAUUGAAACUUCGUCAGCAGGUCAUCGCUACUGCUACUGUCUACUUUAAACGUUUCUAUGCACGGAAUUCGCUCAAGCACAUCGAUCCACUACUUUUGGCACCCACCUGCAUAUUGCUAGCGUCUAAAGUGGAGGAGUUCGGUGUGAUUUCUAAUUCGCGUUUAAUCACUAUCUGUCAAUCGGUGAUUAAAUCGAAAUUCAGCUAUGCCUACACACAGGAAUUUCCUUAUCGCACCAAUCAUGUUUUGGAAUGUGAAUUCUAUUUACUUGAAAAUUUAGAUUGUUGUUUAAUCGUUUAUCAGCCAUAUCGACCACUGUUGCAGCUUGUGCAGGACAUGGGGCAAGAGGAGCAAUUGUUAACGUUGAGCUGGCGCAUAGUUAACGAUUCACUGCGCACCGAUGUAUGUUUGUUGUAUCCACCUUAUCAGAUUGCAAUUGCUUGCCUACAAAUCGCUUGUGUAAUUCUGCAGAAAGAUUCCAUGAAAACCUGGUUCGCCGAAUUGAAUGUAGACCUCGACAAAGUGCAAGAAAUUGUGCGUGCAAUUGUAAAUCUUUAUGAACUUUGGAAAGACUGGAAAGAAAAAGAUGAAAUUCAAAUGCUUUUGAGUAAAAUACCAAAGCCGAAACCAGCGCCUCAGCGAUAAUUAUAAUGUGACAAUAUAGGACUUGCGCUGCUCUAAAAAAUAUACAUAAAAGUAUUUGUACUAUUGUAAGUUACAA